AUGAUUUUUUGCGAAUUCGUCAAAAAACGAUUAGGUCAUUGUCAAGCACGUCUGAUUGGAAUCCAAAAAAUUAGUUGUAUGUCUGUGUUUCUCAUAACUGAUGCCAUUUGUGAUGCAUUAGAACUCGAUGCUGAUUGUGAUGAAUUUGACGAUUUAAAGAAAGAAUUAUGCUUUCGGUUGCGAGAUGGAACAUCUUUGAUCAAACCGGGCAUUCGAAGCAGUUUUGAAUGUUUGAAAAAACUGAUGUUGAAAAUAGGGGAAGAAAAAACUACAGAACAAUCGAAACGAAAAUUUCAACGAACGAAUAUGAUACAGGCUCCAACAAACACCUUAACAUCUUCAACAUCGUCAACUUCAUUGAUUCAAGCAAAUACAACUCAGACAUCAUCAAGAUCGUCAUCGGAACUCUCAUUAGAUAAUCAUAAACAAUAUCUAUUGAAUUUGAUGGAGAAGUGGUGCCAAUUGAACAAAGAAAAUCUAAGCAUGAAUGAUUUUGAUCUUAUUGAUGGAGUCGAUUUUCAUUUAAAUUUGGUCAACAACAACAAUGAGAUUGACGCAAAUGUCGUUUGUAUAUGUGAAGUAAUGACGAAAUUAGCCAAAAAAAAGAGAACAAAUUACAAUUAUCGAAUUAUUACAAGCACUUGA